CCCCCCCGAGAUGAGUCCCGCAGGAGCGAGCCUCGGGGCCGCCGUCCUCUGUGUCCUGGCCUGGGCUGGCCUGGCCGCCGGCGACCGGGUGUACAUACACCCCUUCCACCUCCUCGUCUACAGCAAGAGCAACUGCGAGAGGCUGGAGAAGCCCACUGCGGAGCCCGCCCCGCACCCGAGCCUCACGCCGGCCCCCAUCCAGGCCAGGGCGCCCCCCGUGGACGAGGAGGCACUGUGGGGACAGCUGGCGCUGGCCGCCCAGAAGCUGGAGGACGGCGACCAGGCGCGGGUGGCUGCGGUGGGCAUGCUGCUCAACUUCCUGGGCUCCCGCCUCCACAAGGCGCGGGCGGAGACGCGGGGCGCGCCCGGGGGGGCCGUUCUCUCCCCCACGGCCGUCUUCGGCACGCUGGCCUCCUUCUACCUGGGGGCCUUGGACCCCACGGCCAGCAGGCUGCAGGCCUUCCUGGGGGUCCCCGGGGAGGGCCAGAGCUGCACGUCCCGUCUGGACGGCCACAAGGUCCUCGCCUCCCUGCAGACGGCCCAGGGCCUCCUCGUGGCCCGGGGCAGGGCCGGCGGCCGGGCCAGGCUGCUCCUGUCCACCGUGCUGGGCCUCUUCACGGCGCCCGGCCUGCGCCUGAAGCAGCCGUUCGUGCAGGGCCUGGCCCGCUUCGCCCCGGUCACCCUCCCGCGCUCCCUGGACCUGGCCACCGACCCAGACCUCGCUGCUGAGAAGAUCAACAGGUUCAUGGAGGCCGCGACCGGCUGGGACCUGGGCAGCCCCGUAAUGGGGCUCAACCCAGACAGCACCCUGCUCUUCGAUGCCUACAUCCACUUCCAAGCGCAGAUGAAGGGCUUCUCCCUGUUGGCCGGGCUCCGGGACUUCUGGGUGGACAACGCCACCUCCGUGCCCGUCCCCAUGCUCUCGAGCACGGGCACCUUCCAGCACUGGAGUGACACCCACAGCAACCUCUCUGUGACACGAGUGCCUCUCAGUGACAACGCCUGGCUGCUGCUGAUCCAGCCCCACCGUGCCUCAGACCUGCCGCAGGCCGAGGCCCUCGCCUUCCAGUAUGACCUCCCGAUGUGGACCAAGAACCUGUCUCCCAGGGCCAUCCGCCUGACCGUGCCCCAGCUGGCGCUGCGAGACACUUAUGACGUGCAGGACCUGCUCGCCCAGGCCAAGCUGCCGACGCUGCUGGGCGCCGGGGCCAACCUGGGCGGAAUCAGCGACCGAGAGCUCAGGGUCGGACAGGUGCUCAACAGCAUCCUCUUUGAGCUCAAAGCCGACGAGGAGGAGCCGCCCACAGAGUCUGCCCCCCAGCCAGCGGGCCCCGAGACCUUGGAGGUGACCCUGAACAGCCCGUUCCUGUUCGCCAUCUACGAGCAGGACUCCACCGCCGUGCACUUCAUGGGCCGUGUGACCAACCCGCUGCGUGGCGUGUGAGCCCGCGGGCCAGCGCAGCGACUCGAACCCGC